UUUUAUUUCUUCCUUUUUUAAGUUGAAGUAUAGUUAAUGUACAAUGUUAUGUUAGUUUCAAGUGUCAGCAGUGAUUCAGUUACACAUACACAUUCCACAUACUCUUUUUCAGAUUCUUUACCAUCAAUAUAGACAUUACAAGACAUUGAGUGUAGCUCUUGGUGCCAUACAGUAGGUCCUUGUUUUUACUUCUUUUGUGUACAGUAGUGUGUAUAUACUAAUUUGAGAUUUUUCUUGUUUCUCGAGGUCAGAUUAUAUCGCUAUAAACUGCUCUCUCAGAACUGCUUUUGCCGUGCCCCAUGAGUUUUGGACUGCUGUGCUUCCAUUGUCAUUUGCCUCUACUUACUUUUUGAUUGCCUCUCUGAUUUCUUCAGAGGUCCAUUGGUUAUUUGGUAACAUACUGUUUAGCCUCUACGUAUUUGUGUUUUUUCCAGUUUUUUUUUUUUCCUGUAAUUGAUUUCUAAGCUCAUAGCCUUGUGCUUGGAAAAGAUGCUUGAUAUCAUUUCAAUUUUCUUGAAUUUACCGAGGCUUGAUUUAUGGCCCAAUAUGUGAUCUAUCCCGGAGAAUAUUUCUUAUGCACCGAGAAGAAAGUGUAUUCUGCUGCUUUUGGGUGCAAUGUCCUAUUCUCCAUACACACUGAAGAGUUUAAAUGAUGUGAUGGUCAGUGAAGAGCUCCAGAAGUUUCUUGAAAGUCCACCUGGGCGUCUCAGCAGGACCUGUCCUGGAAACACUUCAUACGUCAUGCAGGGCCCUGUCUGCCAGAGCUGGGUUGGGGUUUCCGCCUGCUGCCUCGUGACUUCGGCUGCCCUAGCCCUGGGGGAGGAGGGCGGUGCCGCUGAGUCACUGCCUGAGCCUCUGGGCCUGGAACCGAGGGUGAGUCACCUCGGACUCGGGCCGCCGGAGGAGGGAAAGAAGCUGGUGGACAUCUGGAGGGGGGAGGGGAGCUGGCACACAGGAAGGGCGGUGCCCGGACUGGAUUGAGGCAGUAGGCAAGGGGGCCUGGGAAGGGGCCGUGUGAAGUCUGCUCUUCUCUGAAAGGCCCUCCCCUGGGCUGGGUCCUAAGAGGCCUCAGUGUUUGCCUUUCUCUGGGGAGGGGCCUGGACGAGCGGGUGAGCGAGGCCGAGGCUGUGGCCUCGUCCCCGGCCUGGCCUCCUGGCUUGGGAAGCUGUGCGGGCCCCCUCCUCACCUGCCCACCUCCCGACCUGGAGGAGACUCUCGUUUUCUCCUCCCUGCAGCCCUCCUGGGCCUUCCUUACACACAGAGACUGCUGCUCACCCCAGCUCACUAUAGCAGAGCCAUCUCCCACCUCACUGUCUCCCUGUCUCCUGCCAGACCCCUUCCUACCCGAAGGGGGCCUUUCCAGGUCUUUUAAAGCACACCCACUUGCCUUGGUUCAUCACUGAAAGUUAUUCUGGGGCCGGCUAUUAAAAGUCACUGUUUCCCUCGUUCCCUGCGGUCACCCCUGCCCUCUUCUUCCUGAUAGCCCCCAGCUGCCUGCUGGUUCCCAGCACACACACAGGCCCGUGAAGUCCCAGCACACACCGGCAACUUCUGGCCCGACAGUGAACUGUGACUCGCAGGCAUUUGUCAUGAGAAUAAGGCUGGGCCUGAAUCUCCAGGCCCCUGUGAACAGGGGCGGCCUCCCCUCGCCCAGGGCCCAGAAUACCUUUUCCCCGUGACACCUCCCGCUCCCGCUGUGGCCAGGGUGGGGCCGGGGGAGGCGCUGCCCUUGGCUGCCCAGAAAGGGAGGGACUGGGAGGGGAUGUGAGGGGGUGGCAGGAGGCCAGGCUUUGGCGGGAUCAGGUUAGGGCAGGUUUGGUUUCCUUAAAAUGCAAAGUUGGGGGCCAGUGGGGCUAGCAUAUAAAUUCCAACUCCGGGCAUCUGGCCCUUUGCUUUCCUUCCCGAGUCUCUCUCUGCUCUCUGGUCUG